AUGUCUAAAAAGAAUAAAUUUUCGUUUAGAUAUUAUGUUGGACAUGAAGGAAAGUUUGGGCAUGAGUUUCUUGAGUUUGAAUUUAAUUCCAAGGGAAGACUAAGAUAUGCGAAUAACUCAAAUUACAAGAAUGAUAAAAUUAUCAGAAAAGAAGCUUAUGUAAGCAAGUCAGUAUUAAACGAAUUGAAGCGUAUAAUUGAAGAAUCAGAAAUAUGUAAAGAAAGUGAUAAAUUAUGGCCUGUACCAGAUAAAAUUGGAAAACAAGAACUAGAAAUAUAUUUAGAUGGAAAUGAGUAUUAUUUUACAACGUCAAAAAUUGGUUCACUGUCAGACGUAAAACAAUGCAGUGACCCAGAGGGAUUAAGAGUCUUUUACUAUCUAGUGCAAGAUCUAAAAUGCUUUUUGUUUUCCCUCAUAUGUUUACAUUUUAGGAUAAAACCUGUGUAA